AUGCUAAUUCGAUUCAAUAUGAUGAAGCUAUUUCACACCUUCUGUCAUAUUCUAAUUUAACUGAAGGAAUGAAUUUUUCAAAUUUCAAAAUAGCUAUUCAUUAUUGUAUUGAAUUUGGAUGCUUUAAUGGAUUUGUUGUUAGAAAAAAAGAGUUAAAAAGAAUAGUAAUAGCAGUAUUAGAUUGA